AUGAAGGGGAGCAGCGCCCUCCUGCUGGCGGCAGUUCUCCUGCUCUGCACCUGCGGGCGGGCCACGGGGGAGGACAACAGUGAGUUUUUCAUGGAAUUCCUGCAAACGCUGCUGGUGGGGUCCCCUGAGGAGCUCUACGAGGGGCCCCUGGGCAAGUACAACGUCAACGCCAACGCCAAGGCUGCGCUGGCCGAGCUCAAGUCCUGCAUCGACGGCCUGCAGUCCAUGCACAAGGAGGCGAUGGUCACCCUGCUGGCGCAAGUGCUGGGCAGUGAGGACGGCGCCUAGCGGACCCCAGACGUGGCCACACGCAGCCGUGGCCACACGCAGCCGUGGCCACACGCC